AUGGGGAGCUCCCGUGCAUUUCAUGAGCUACGCCGGCUCGUCACCGGCUUCUCCCCAAAUCUGUUAUUCAUCUGUGAGACGAAGGUUACUGCCAAUAGGUGCAACCGGUGGCGAACCUCUUUAAACUUCGAUGGGCAGCUUGUUGUUGAUUCAAAAGGCGCAAGUGGCGGCCUUUUAUUAUUUUGGAAGGAACCUUGUGACAUCUCUAUUUGUAGCUACUCACAAGGACAUAUUGACUGUGUGAUUAAAUCUCAUGACAUCACUUGGCGUUUUACAGGAUUUUACGGCAAUCCUGAGGUUCAACAAAGAAAGCACUCCUGGUCUCUCAUGAAACGGCUUGCGUGCAGUGGUUCUAUGGAUAUUCCUUGGUUGAUGGGAGGAGACUUUAACGAAAUUAUCAAUAGCAACGAGUGUUGCGAUCGUUGCAGACGACCUUGGGCCCAAAUGAAUGAUUUCAACAUUGCUAUUCAGUAUUGUGGUCUCAAGACAAUUCCUUGUGAUUCCAAAUUCACUUGGUUUAAUCAACGGAAAAACGAGGAUGCACGAUUCCUCAGAUUGGAUCGAUUCUUGUGCAAUAGGAGGAUGGAUGACAUUUUCAGCUUUUGUUCGGUCCAAGCCCUUGAUCCGCAUUUCUCGGAUCAUAAUCCGCUGCUCCUCACCAUUUCGUCAAAGGAAGACAAGCUGGAAGCGGGAAACGGCUUCAGACGUUUCUUCUUCGAACAGAAAUGGCUCCUGGAUAAGACUUUCGCGGCGGACCUUUUAACGAAUUGGAGUGGUUUCGGAGGCCAGACUUUGCAUCACCGCCUUGAGGGGUGCCAACUGUUUUUGGAAAAAUGGGCUAAGACCAAGUUUGACAAAAUCUCCAAACAGAUUAAGGAACUACGCAAGAAGAGGCUGUUCAUUCUCAAGAAUAAGAAAGGAUCGAAGAGUUUCUAUUCUGACUUGAGAAAAAUUACAAAGGAAAUUGAGAAACUCUGCGAAGCGGAAGAACUUCAUUGGAAACAAAGAUCGCGUGUCAAUUGGUUAGGUCUUGGUGAUCGCAACACUAAGUAUUUUCAUGCCUUUGCUUGUAAAAGAAGGAAGAAAAAUACUAUCAAGUGUCUGUUGAAAGCAGAUGGAUCUGAAGUUUUCAAGGAAGAAGAGAUGGCUGUGGUUGUGAGUGAUUUCUUUGCUUCGCUAUUUCAUUCCAGCUCACCGAGCAAUGAGUGUAUCGAUAAAGUGACUGACACGUGUUCUACUUUUCUGGGCAAUCAUCCAACUGCCGAGUUGACUAAGCCCUUUACGGCAGAGGAAGUUCGACGAGCUUUGUUCCAAAUGCAUCCUCAUAAGGCCCCCGGACCAGACGGCUUCCCUCCCUACUUCUUCCACAAAUUUUGGGGUGAGAUCGGUGAAGCAGUCACUAACGAUGUUCUCCGUGUUCUUGAUGGACGUGACAGCAUCCGUCAUUGGAACAAAACGCUCAUUGUGCUCAUCCCAAAAACAAAAGAACCGAAAGAGUUGAAGAAUUUCAGGCCCAUCAGCCUUUGCAACACUACCUAUAAACUUGUGGCUAAGGUUCUUGCUAACCGCAUGCGAACAGUGCUGGGUUGGGUUAUCGACGAUUCUCAGAGCGCAUUCAUUCCCGGGAGGCUGAUUUCUGAUAACAUCAUUCUUGGCUAUGAAUGCAUGCACUGGAUGAAGAAUAAAAAACAUGGAAACGAUGGCUACGCAGCAGCUAAGCUUGAUAUGAGUAAGGCUUUUGAUAAAGUGGAAUGGAGGUUUAUGAGGGCGAUGAUGUCUAUGCUGCGUUUUCCACCACUUUUGAUUGACUUGGUUUUACAAUGUGUUAGUUCGGUGGAGUUCUCUUUUGUUAUUAACUGCAAAGUUUAUGGUUCUCUUAUUCCGUCCCGUGGUUUGAGACAAGGUUGCCCUUUAUCCCCGUUUCUCUUUGUUAUUUGCGCCCAGGGUUUCUCCUCUCUUCUUCGUGGCUUUGAAAAUCAGGGUUUGCUCAGCGGUAUAACUAUGGCUCGGCAUUGUCCGUCUAUCACUAACCUCUUCUUUGCCGAUGAUAGUCUUAUCUUUUUCCGGGCGAAUGAAGAAGGUGCUAAAAGCUUAGGUGAUGUCCUACAUUCUUAUGAACUUGCCUCAGGACAGACGAUCAACCUCGAAAAAUCCACGAUUUGUUUUAGCCCAAAUAUGUCUCCUGCUUGCAUCGAAAAAGUGACGACAAUCUUGAGUAUCAGAGAAACAGCAGGUCAUUCCCUCUAUUUGGGUCUGCCAACUUCAAUUCCAAGGAAAAAAAAGCUCCAAUUUGAGUACUUGCGUGAUAGUGUGACCAAGAAACUUGACGGGUGGGAUAACAAGCUUUUCUCUGCAGGAGGAAAAGAAACCUUGAUAAAAUCUGUAAUUCAAUCUAUCCCCACGUAUGCAAUGGCUGUCUUUCGCAUCCCCGUUGGUAUUUGUACUGAUAUUGAAAAAUCUUGUGCUAACUUUUGGUGGGGUGAUGGUGCUGAAGGCCGAAAACUCCACUGGGCAAGAUGGGAUAAAUUGUGUUUGGCAAAGUCUCGUGGCGGCUUGGGUUUCCGUCGUUUUGUUCAGUUUAAUCAGGCUCUCCUUGCGAAACAGGUUUGGCGACUUAUCAAGCAUCCAGAAUCCCUUAUUUCUCGUGUCUUAAAGGCUCGUUAUUUUCGUGAUUGUGAUAUUAUGAAAGCGAGUAUCUCUUCCAACUGCUCCUUUGUGUGGAGAUCUUUUUGUUGGGGAAGAGAGCUUCUGGAGAAGGGUUUGAGAUGGAAGGUGGGCAAUGGCAAGAAAGUGUCGGUUUUCCAUGAUAAAUGGAUCCCACGAAGUCGUGCCUGGGCAGAGUCGGUGGAGUCGACACCAGUGGAGACUGAUUUGAAGGUGUCGGAUCUCAUUGCGAGAGAUGGUACUUGGGAUAAAGACAAACUGCAUGGCAUUUUUCCUGAUUUUUUUGUGUCCACCAUCUGCUCGAUGAAACUACCAAUUGACAACAAAGAUGAUUCUAGAUUUUGGAUGUUCGAUGAAAAGGGUAGGUUCAGUGUGAAGUCUGGCUAUCUUUGCGCUACAGACUUUUUUGUCCCACUACAAGACACUUCCGACGACAAGAUGGUGAAAUGGUGGAAGGAGUUCUGGACUUUGCGGAUUCCGCCGAAGGUGCUUCACUUUGGUUGGAGAGCUCUUCAUGACCUUAUUGCUAUGAACCAGAAUCUUUGUGCUCAUCAUGUUCCCAUCAUUCCUAUUUGUCACUGGUGUCGCAGAGAAUGGGGAUCCACAACCCAUGGCCUUUUAUGGUGUGAUCGGGUUCGCCAAGCAUGGAAGAAGACUGAAUUUUGGGCGAUUAUCUGUUCUUUUAAACACCUUGGUUUUCAGGAGCUGUGUUCGGUGGUGAAACAAGAGCUGGGAAUUGUUGGCUUUGAGAGAUGGCUGUUCUUUUUAUGGUUAGCGUGGAAAUUCCUGUGUGACCUCAAACAUGAUAAGAUUCCGGCUAGUAGUGAGCUUGAUCUGUGUAUUGGUGAAAGAAUGCUGGACUCAUAUCAUUUGGCAAGGGAGCAGGUUGUUCUGGAACUCCAUAUCCUUCCAGAGGAGGGCUCCCGCCAGUGGUUUCCACCUCCAGAGGGCGUUCUUCGUGUGGACGUCGACGUUGCUCUCCGGGAGGAAGGGGUGAGAUCUGGUAUGGGUUUCAUUGUCCGUGACUUCCAGGGGAGGACUAUUUUGGCCGGGUGUCAGACCAUUGGUUUUUCAGAAACAGUUCUUAUGGGCGAAUUACACGCGAUUUUGCUUGCCAUUGGCAGCUGCUUGGAACAUGACACGGGCCCUGUGGUGGUUUAUUCUGACUCCCUUCUUGCGACUCACGUGCUUUCCGAUAAGAAUCAAGGGUCUGACUCACUGUGUGAUGAUCUUUGGGAGGUCUUCGCACAUGCUCGUCAACAUGUGGUGGUUGAUUUCUUUCAUAUGCGCCGAGAGGCUAAUCGUGCGGCCCAUGAGCUCGCUCGACUUUCUCUUUCUUUCACGGAUGCUAUUUUCUGGAAGGCCGAUUUUCCAAAUUGGCUUCUAGACAUUGUAAUUUCCGACUCUUCUUAA